UCUGUUCCUCGACGUACUUCACGAGUUGCGCAACAAUAGCAAGGUUUAGAGCAUUGUGGCUUUUGGCGCCAACAGAGCGAACGACAAUAUAUCUUUGCAAUCCGCGAAAACUAACAGCAAAAUGCCACGGAAAACUACGAAACGAACGGCCGAGGACCCCGUGCAAACGGACAAGGCGCCAAAACAGAUCAAGAAAAAGCAAGGAUUAAGUGUAAAACCUGACUUGCGAUCGCUUUCAAUUGGUGGUGUUAUGCUUGUAUUCGGACAAGGCGAUUUUGGACAGCUUGGUCUAGGAGAGGAUGUCACUGAGAAAAUGCGUCCAGCAGCCAUAUCUGAUUAUCAAGACGUUAUAACUGUUGCUGCUGGUGCUAUGCAUAAUGUAUGCCUGAGAAACACAGGAGAAGUGUUAACUUUUGGAUGUAACGACGAAGGGGCGCUUGGACGAGACACUACCAAGGAAGGAUCUGAGACAAUACCGGGCAUAGUUGAAUUACCUGGUAGAGCCAUUCAGGUGACAGCUGGAGAUUCGCAUACCGCUGCAUUGUUAGAUGAUGGUCGAGUAUUUGCAUGGGGCACAUUUAGGGAUACACACGGUUCUAUGGGAUUAACAUUGAAAGGAAAUGAGCGAUUCCCUAUAGAAGUAUUAUCUGAUGUAAAAGUUGUCAAAAUAGCAUCAGGUAACGAUCAUUUAGUGUUACUUAGUGAAAACGGACGUGUAUAUACUUGUGGACGCGGUGAACAAGGACAAUUAGGACGAGUAGCUGCACGUACAGCCAGUAGAAAUACACGACAAGGAAUAGGUCUGCUAUUGACUCCAGGCAUAGUUGAAUUUAAAAUCAGGAAGAAAUUAUAUUUUGACGAUAUAUGGGCUGGGAAUUUCUGCACUUUUGCUAAGGAACAUGAAAAAGGAGAUAUAUAUGUAUUUGGUUUAAAUAAUUUCCACCAAAUUGGUUUGAAGGAUAAUGACAUCCACUUUCACCCACAAAUAUCGAAAACCUUUAGCGGCAAAGUAUGGAAACAUAUUAGUAGUGGAGAACACCAUACCAUAGCCUUGGAUGAUGCGGGACAAGUUUUUGUGAUGGGUCGCAAAGAAUAUGGUCGCCUUGGUCUUGGACCUAAUUGUUCAGACGCGGAAGAACUUACAUUAGUUUCUGCUUUAAGUUCCACUAAAUGUAUUGACAUAGGUGCGGGAAGUAGAGAAUCUUUUGCCGUCACAGAAUCUGGUGAUUUAUAUUCAUGGGGUAUGGGAACUAAUGGAAAUCUUGGGACAGGAGAUGUAAAAGAUGUCGAAGAACCAGUAUUAGUUAAGGGAAAGCAAUUAGAGGGUAAGACAGUGGUAAGAGUUUGCGGCGGCGGUCAGCACACUUUGGCUUUGGCAACAAUUCGUCCAGUGAAAGAUAAAACUGCUGGUUAAUGUUGAACAUUAUAUUUCGAAAUAUUAUGUGAUACAAAUUUAGACAAGAACGAGAAAAAGCCAUUUAUAUCCUUACUACUUAAUUUCUUAAUAUUGGCGAUGUUACCUUG